AUGGAUUCUGAGAAAUGUCAAUCUUCUGGAUGCAGAGAAGCUGACUUUGUUUGCCGCGCUUGCUUGUGCCUUUGGACCUCUAGAAAUCAAGCUAGAGUGGGAGGUGACCGUAAGUUAGCUUUGCAGAUUUUUCAAUGGCCUCAAACUUACCCUAAGGAGUUCCAGAUAGCGAAUUUUCUCCCACCCCAGUCACGGUCUUCUAUUGAGCAUUAUUGGAUUCCACCUAAACCUCCUUGGCAUAAAGUUAAUGUUGAUGGCGCAGUCUUCUCUAAUCUAAAAGCUGUUGGGUUGGGUCUUGUGGUCCAGGAUCACAGGGGCAACGUAGCUGCUGCAAUGAGCAAGUUUGUUGGGUCUCCGUUUGGUCCACUAGAAACAGAGGCGAAGGCUAUUGGGGAAGCGGUCAGUUUGCCAGAGACACAAGUUUCCCUGAAGUCCUCUUUGAGAGUGAUUCGCAGAUGA